AUGUCGCCGGGUGUGUCGCGAUGCUAUGAAUUACAGCCCGAUCCAUAUGAUUACACACAAAGGAGAGCGAUCAGAAUUUGCCUCUUUGUCGAUGUCGAGAACGCGAGUGAGUUGAGGGGAAAGCUGAGGACCGGUGAGAUUGAUGCGGCUCUUGUCAGAGCUGAACUGAUCAUUGAACCAUUUCUUUUCCUUGCCGCUGCCAAUAAAGCUGUUUAUCAAUAUGCCCAUAAUCGGAUGUCGACGAGGAGUUUAGCUGCCGAAUUGAUAUACAGUUUGUCGCCAAGCAGAAAUAUCUCCGACUCAUUGAACACUUUUGGUGUCGCUGAGAACAGUCGAACGAUUCUCGCGGCCGUUUACGAUGAUGAGAAAGGGUCAAAGAUGAAAAAGCUCGCCAAGCAGAUCAAGGGUCGUGCUGUGCCGUUGGACUAUUUGAAAGAGAUCUCGAACUUCAAAUUGAUACGAAGGGCUUACAAGAUUUAUGAUCCGUCAAUCACCCUUGAUAACAUCGACGAGGAAAUUUUAACACGAAUGAUCACAAAAGAAUGUAUUUCU